GUAUGUAAUCAUCACAUUGGAUGAGUAGCGUGAUAGUAUGGGGUUUCUGUACGGAUGCCGAAAAUGAAAGCCCUGGCGAGAUUAUUUGGUGUUUCACGGCAUUUCCCAACCAGCAGAUGUUUUAGUACCAGCCAAACAGUCAAACAAGGUUUGUUAAAGCGUUUAAAAGAUGGAGGAUCGGUAGUUGUUGCCGAGGGUUACUUAUGGGAAUUAGAAAGAAGAGGUUUCUUACAGUUUGGCAACUUUUUGCCGGAAGUAGUACUGGAAAAACCGGAAGCUGUAGAAAUGUUGCACGAAGAAUUCGCGUUGGCUGGAAGUGACGUUAUUGAAGCGUUUACCGUGAGUGUACCGGCGGUUAUAACUCUAGCAGCCCACUUUCCUGAUAGAACAACAGACGAGGUGCCGAUUCCAGAAGCAUGCAAGCGUCUAGAGGAUCAAGGAGCGGCUGUGGUCGGUCUAAAUUGCUCACGUGGUCCUGAUAUCAUGAUGCCUCUGAUACGAGAGGUGAAAAAUGCUUGCAAAGGUCCUAUAGCCGCAUUGCCAGUACCUUACAGAACAACUGGAAAGCAGAAAACAUUUUUCUCUGUAAAGGAUCCAAAAUCAGGAAAAUUGGUGUAUCCCGACAACCUAGACUGUGUCCGUUGCUCACGGACUGAUAUUCGUCUGUUCGCCGAAGACGCAAAGGAGGCCGGGAUCCAGUAUAUUGGACUGUGUUGCGGAAACUCCGCGAGCUUAACACGUGAGGUAGCGGAAGUUUACGGAAAGAAUCCGCCCGCAUCAAAGUACUCAACAAGUACGGAACAGAGCUUCAUUUUCGGCGAUUCGGCCCAGGAUUAUGGCGAGGAGAUGCGUAAAUUAGCAAAGUUUAUGAAAGGGGAAUAAAGAAUGGUGGUCGUGUUGUUUAUCUUAUGUACCCUAUUUAAAGAAUGAUGAUGGAUAAAACGUGGCGUGUGCAUGCACAUUUAUAGAAUAAACCUUUAAAUUUCUAGGUCACGUGGUCUAUGAUCAUGUUAACGUUUUAUAUAUCUGGGCCUUUUCACGAGGAAACCUGUAUUAAUAAAAUGAUGUAAGUUUUACACAAUAAAAUAGAUAAGAAUU